UUUAGAAUUAAAGCAGACUUUAUUGCAUCUGUCAGAGCACAAGAUGGCAUCAUAAAAUAAGUCUCUACAAUUCUGCAACAUCAGUCAAACUACUACAGGGUGUUUUUCUGUCCUGAAUUUAUUGACUCCACUGAUCUAGCACAUUCUUUCAUUUUAUUUCUAUAAAGAUUAGGAUCAUGUUCGAUUUGCAUUUUGUUUUAUAACAGAUAAAUCCUACACACCGUUAUUUAAAGCUACACCCUCACCAGCCAAACAAAAUGCCUCCAAUCACGUGUUGGUUUUAUUGUGACCACUACACCCUCACGCGCACAUGUGGCACCCUCUCCUCGUGGCGUUUACAUUUUUGUAAAACAUUAAAGUAUUACAUUAGCCAUGUAAACUUAAGUUCACAAACAACCAAACUUCGACAACAAAACCCCACCCAGUUUUAUAAGGGAGGCUCCAUUGGUCUGCGUGUCUGUAAAUCCGUUCCCUCUUUAUUCGCCUGCUGCCAUUGGCCGGCGGUGACGACAAUCCUGCAACGUGGUCCCGCCCACCGAGCGGAUCAAGUUUGAAUGAACAACAGCAGUCUGUUCUGAAGGUGCUAGUUGCAUUUGCAGUAAUUAUUAAAAGUGUGUAUCAUAUCCCGGCUGCGUCGAUCCAGGAUGGACAUGAAGAAAAGAAUUCAUCUAGAGUUGCGGAACCGCACUCCGUCAGACGUAAGUGUGCCUCACGUCUCUCUGGUGAUGCUUUCACACACUCAGCUAAUGGAGAAUCUUUCGUGUGAUGUCUUGGCGUGGGGAUACAAAGUUUCUUCCAAGUUAAAAGACGAUGGAGAGGUCGGGUCACAUUGUUGCGGACGUGUUUACAGUGUUUGCGGGGUGCUGGAUGUGUGCUGAGGGAACUUUUGUGCCUCACGUUUUUUGGAGAAUGCAGCACAGCGGUAUAAACAAGGCAAGCAGUACGAGAAGAAGCCAUAUUUGUAACUUUUCAUCUACGAAUACAACCCUUUCUCCUUUUUCGAUUGUUAUUUACUCUCUCGGAUUAACUAUAUGCAUGCUUUGACGGAGAAAUGCAUUUACCAGAAACAUUGCAGCCGUGCACUUGGCGCGUUCAGGAUGCGGAGACUCAAAGUCAUGACAUUAUCAAUGAUGCAUAAAGAUCACAGCCUCUUAUUGUCGUCUUUGCAGAUGCACCGUGCAUCGAGAGUAUAACUCAAGACCGUCCACAUGAAGUUGCUUGUGUCUGCAGAGUGCAUUCAAGAGGUUGAGCCUGCAGCCCUCAGUGCAGCCAACAAACCGAGCCCUCAGUGCGCACAGAUGGCCGAAAGAAAGACGCGUUAGCAGGAACCGAUACGACCCACCAGGCAGGGCGCAAACACGGAGACGAGAUAUACCGAACAAACCCGCGUCCACGACACCAUAAAAGCUUUUAUUCGGCUGUUUUAUCGAGGCUUCCAUCCAUUUAGAUCGAUUAUUCAGUCGUAAUGAAAACAAAGUACGGAGCCGCGUUGUUGCUCCAGUUUUCCAGAACUAGGACAAGCCGCCAUUUUACCGAGAAACAAAGGCAAUCCGAAAUACACCGAAUUAUCCCGUUUAUUCGACACAAAUGACGAACGAUUCAGCAUACCUUCACUUUAACAGAAGUCUACACACGCCAUCAAUCCGAUCGGCAACAGUUUAGCACAAGCAACAAUGAAUCGUUUGCCUGGCAGCUAUCUAAUCUUCCUCAGCUGCCCCUCCUACUCACAAAUGACCCUGUGCACGACUCGUAGGUCUGUUUGGCUCCGGCUUGUUUUCUCUAAUGUGCAUCUGCGCCGCUCGGAGCCAUUCAAACUCUUAUUGAAGCUCUAAACUCGGCAAAAACGGAGGAAUUUUAACAUCUGCACAACCGCCGAGCUUUGUCCCUUUUCACCAGGAGAAUCCAAAUGUGAUAUUACGUAACAAAAGGACAGUCAAUUCAUCGCGAUACCUUCAACGAUGUUAUGCCUCAACGGGGAAAUAAUGUAGUUUUUCUCAAUAGUCCCAGUCCUUGCUGUUGAUUGGUUGAGUAACGUUUCUGGCCGCGGUCUGAUAUUUUAUACUAACACACCUGUAACCGCAUAUCAGACUAAUUAGAUAUCAAUGCACCAUCCAGAUAUUGACUGGAGCACUAGUAGCAAAUUAAAUAAAGCAGAGGUUCUGUGUUAUGGCCAAUAUAAUUCAUUAAAGGUUGCCUAGAUAUCCAUGAAUUAAAUUUCAUAGUAUGUAACUGCUACAAGAUAGACUACUUCAAAUAUUCCAAAUAAAGGAAACCUGAUGCAAAAUUUUCUUCUUACAAAUUACACUGCAGUUAGUUUUAUCAUUAAUCCUGCAUUUCAUAAAAGCAGUUUUCAUCGUUGUCGCUGAUUAAAGAUGGUUUGAUUUAAUGAAUUACUUAAUUUUUACACAAUUUGGCUAAGUAUUGUUAGUAAGAUGGAGAAAUUUCUUGUUUUGAGUUAUCAUAUUUACCUCUGAAAAAGUACAAAUUUAAAAAAGCUGGUUCAAUUCUAUCAAAGACUUCAAAAGUGUCCAUUGAAAUUAUCAGUAUAGAUUCAUUGUGAGAUUGGGCAGCAUUUAUAAUAUGGAAUAGUUUACGUACAUUAUCAGAGCCUUGUCUGUCUCUAAUGAACCCUGAUUGGUCAGUAUGAAUAAUUUUUGGGCUAACUUUCUCAAGUCUGUUUGCAAUCACUUUGGCUAAUAUUUUAUAAUCAAUAUUUACUAGACUUUAGAGUCUGUACGAAUCACAUUUUUGUUGAUUUUUACCUAGUUUUGGUAGUAGUAUUAUGGUUGCCAUUUCAGGGCCUGGAGUUUUAUUGUUCUGCAACGAGUUUACUGCUUCACAGAUUUCUGCUACCACUAUAUCAGCAUCCAGUGUGCAUUUGUCCUUAUUCAGUUGAAGUACAAACUUGAUUAGUUUUUGUUCAGUUCUUCAGUAAAUUAACUUCGUCACAUCGCAUCAAAUACGUGUUAUAUACAACAUCAGCCUUUGACUCAUGAUUUAAACAUUAUUGUUCACUUUUUAAAAAACUUUUAUUUGAAUCCGUAUUUUAUAUUUACUGACUAGAUGUAUUUGGUCUCUCUGCAGGUCAAAGAACUUGUGCUAGACAACUGUCGCUCAAACGAGGGAAAGAUCGAGGGUCUAACAGAUGAAUUUGAGGAGCUGGAAUUUCUUAGUACAAUCAAUGUUGGACUGACGACAGUUGCCCACUUGCCGAAGCUAAAUAAACUCAAAAAGGUGGGUAUACUUUCUACUUUAACGAAGCUCUUGGACCUAAAGGCUCUACCUUUUUUGUUUUUCCAAAUUUUGACUGGUUGCUUGGUCAACAGCUCGAACUCAGCGAUAACAGGAUCUCAGGAGGGUUGGAAGUUCUUGCAGCCAAAUGCCCCAACCUCACACAUCUCAACCUCAGCGGAAACAAAAUUAAAGACCUCAGCACAAUAGAACCAUUGGUAAGUGUGAGCUCAGAAAUUAAGGCACAAUACUAAAACAAGUUUGCUGUGUUACUCAUUAUAAUUAUUAUUCUUUGACAGAAAGAAUUGUCCACCCUGAAAAGUUUAGAUCUGUUCAACUGUGAAGUGACAAACCUGAACGAAUACAGAGACAACGUGUUCAAGCUACUACCACAGCUCACGUACCUGGACGGGUAUGACAAAGACGACAAAGAAGCACCAGAUUCUGACGCUGAGGUGUAUGCAGAGGGCCUGGAUGACGAUGAGGAGGAUGAAGAUGGUAAGUUUGAGGACACAGCAACCCAGUGUUUCACAUACACUUCUGGCUUUGCUAACUUAAAUCUUUAUUUUUUGCCCUGGCAGCCACUUUUUGCUGCACAAAUCCACAAUAAUUCAGCUUUUUUAUUAUUAAGUGCCUUAAGUGCAGAAAAGCUCUUGGUGCGUCAAUUGAUAAUGCAGGUCUGCACAAGGAAGAGAUCGGCCUUACUUUGUUAAUUAGUUCCAAUUUCCAGGUCUAGAGCAGCUGCUAAUGCAAAAACAUAAUUUCUGAAUAUUUUAUUUAUUUAUUUAUUUUAAUUUCUUGGUAGCACAAACAGCAUUUAAAAACAGACGUGAUUGUAACCACUUUGGGAAGCAAAAGUUUCAUAGAACAACUUUAGUUUUACCAAGCAGCAAAAAGUGCUCUUGACUCUUUGGGGUCUUGGAUGUUGCCAGCCUUAACAGUGCUGUAAGUGGACACAGGUCCUAACAAGUGGACACAGGCCCUUAUGAAUAGCUGUGCCCUAGUGAACAUCUAUUAAACUAACUUCUUGUGGGACUUUAAAAAAGUGAGUGAUAAUUACAAACUGGUGUACCCAGAUGUAGAUGAGGAGGAGUAUGAUGAAGACACAGCACCAGGAGAUGAAGAGGAGGAAGAAGGAGAGGAGGAUGAAGAGGAGAAUGAAGAAGAGGAAGAAGACGACCUCAGUGGAGAGGUGGGACUAAAAAGAUAAAUGAGUAACUAGAAAAUGUUAAAUUUUAAUUCCUUCUAUUAACAAAAUUUCCUUUAUUUUUAAAAAAGGAGGAAGAGGAUGAAGAUUUGAAUGACAGAGAGGUCGACGAUGAGGAUGAUGAAGGUGAGUAAAAUGGUGGCAGACUUCAACAUAGAAGCUUCUUCCUUCAAUACAUACCAACGUAGAGCAUGAAAUAGACAUUUGUGUGCUCAGCAUGUUGUCGACUCAGUGAUUAAGUGUCAUCGCCCCCUCUAAUCAAAUUAUAAGUAUUUUUAUUGUAUGCUUGUAAUGGCUGUCAUUUUUUUGUUGAAGCAUCUCAUGACGCAGUGAAGUUUUACACUAUUUGUUUGGGUAAAGUAAAGAGAUAAAGUUGGUUAAACUGACAUAUAAUCAUCUGAGCAGAGCAGGACUCGAGGCUGGUGGUGCUAGCUCUGCUAUUGUUAGACACACCCAGAAAAGCAACUGUAGAGUCUGUGACCCUGUGUUUACUUUUAUCCAUGAGUCAAUCUCACUUUUAGUUGAACUGGCUAGCCAAAAUGUGAGUUUUUUUUUUACAUGACAAGGAUACUAACUGCUUCUGAAUAUUCCUAGAUGAGUCCCUAAAAGAUUUCAAGAGUCAGCAAAGUGUCGUUCCAAAUAUUCCGUUGUGAAGUUAUGUCACCACCAUCUGUUUGAUGCAGCCACAAGCUCCUCUAUUUCCCUAGUGUUUACCGCAGAGGGAAAAUACAGCUCUCGAUUUUGACAUUUCUCAGCACUUUACAUUGCACCUUUUCGUCGUGUGAAAAAUGUAUACUCUUCCCCAGAAUUGCAAAUGCAAAAACUUAAGAGAAGUGGAAACAUGAUCAUGUUUGGUUGUUUUGUUUUUGUCUAACUGUGUUUUUUUUUAUUUGCUAGAAGAAGAGCGAGGUCAGAAAAGAAAAAGGGACCUUGAUGAAGAAGGUGAAGAUGAUGAGGACGAUUGAGAGACCUCUUCAAGCUAAGUUGUGAACUGUUUUAAAACUUAUAUCUCCCGGUCACUUCCCAACAACCCCAUGUAUCCCCCCCCCCCCAGUUUCAUAUUGCAGUAGGAGUGUUUUUUUGUUAUUGGCCAGUCAGGUAGAUGGGGUUGUCUGGAGAAAUAAGUUAAACUUCUAUAUCUUUGAUGCUCCUGUAUUCCAGUCUUUACGGUCCACUUUUAACUGCUCUGUGGACACCGAUUUUGUAAUCUCAAAUUAUAGCAAAGAUAAACCUUUUUAAGACGUUUUUUUGUUUUCUCACCGUUUGUGUACGGCCAGUUUCUGAUGAAUUGUGUAUUUUAAGACCCCCCCUUCAAAAGAAAAAACAAAAUGCUACAAAAAAAGAGUGCAUGUCAAUACAUUUUAAAGUCAACUACUGGAUUUCAUGUAUGGCUGUUCUCUCCUCGUCUUAAUCUUAUUUUAUUGCAUUGUAUUUUUUUAAUGUAAGUUAUGUAUUUGUAGUGUCACCAGUAUGCCAAUACUCUCUGCUGUCCUGGUGUGUAACUCGUGUCUGAACAUGCACAGUGUGACCCUCACAGGGCAUAUUUUUAAAUCAUAGCAAAAAAAUGUCUGCCCUUGUCAAAGCUCCUCCUCCUCCUUCUCCUCCUCCUCAAACCCUCAGCUUUGAUAGUUCGGAAAUUACGUGUUCUUGUAAAUAAUGACCAAAUCUAUUUUUUUGUAUUCUCUUUGAUGACGGCAGACAUUAAACAGACAACCGAGGUGAAACUAUGAAUUGUAAUAAGAUAUUAAAUAUGUAUGCUGCUUUAUCUAAAAAUACGCAGUGUGAAAUUUCUGGAAUUUGAACACAACUUUGUAUGCAUAAUCUUUCCAUAAAGAGAAAUGUUCAAUGUCAGAACUCAUCAUUGCUUUCUUUUUCCAUGUUCAUUUCUGUGACACACAGGGGGCAUUGUUUGAAUUUGUGAUGGUAGAGUAGAGAAGUACUUGAUAUAAAUGGAGGUACAACAGAAACUUAUGUGCAUUGAAAAUUUAUUGUUUCAAAGUGUAAACUCUGGUAAAAGUCAGUUAUUUGGACUUUGUUUUCACUAUUAUACCUAAUGGUCAAAUUGGCCUACCUCAGUGAUUUUUCACUCUAUGUUACAUCCACUGUCAUCUGCCAAACUUGUUUCUUUUUUUCCUCCCAUUCACUUCAAUAAAUCCCUUUUAUAUAUGUUUUGAAGUUUGUGGUUCUUGUAUAACAGAGUCACAUGGUAAAAUGCACACGAAUCCAGUCGUCAUCCAUUUCCUCGACAUGGACGUGUGUUCCAGGACGCACUUUUCAGCAGACAAAGAUUUCAUACUGCCAACUCCAAGCUGCGCAGUAUGAACAGUAUUACAGGAGACAAAACUAAAGAGUCUAACACUGAGAUUUAGUUCUAUCCCAACCAGGUAAACAGGUCUACAAAGAAAGAUCCAGUCAUGUUAAUGGCAUGAAAACCUUACAGUCCUUAUUUACUACCUUCCCUCAAAUUAACAGCUAUGUUGUUAACUCAAGAAAACACCUGACAUAGCACAACUCCAGCUGCAACUUCACCUGUCUCUCCUCUGUCGAUGACCCAUUACUGCUGGAUCCUUCUCCCUACUUUCACUGUAGCCUUCUAUAUUCACUGCAAAAAAACAUACAAAUCAACCAUGUAUGUCAGUAAUUCAAGUUUAAAUUUUAAAGGUUCAAUUAUCUUGAUUUUCAGAUUGUAUUUUAAGACUUAAUGCCCUCACUAUGAUGUAAAAAGGAAGACAAGCACCCUUCAAUUACCUUUUACUCUCUCUCAUUGUAAAACCCUUUCUCUCUAUGCCUGCAGUUGGUUCAUCUUCGCUCAUUUUCUUUCUCAGAAUCAAUGUGACUCUUCUGACUGUGAUUGGCCCUGGAUUAAGAAAUAAAGCGAUUGUUAAGCAGAGCCUGUCUUUUCUUGAACCUGACUGGCAUGAUUGAGUUGAUUAAUUGCGAAGCUGGUCCACGCUCCUCUUAAAUGUCAGACUGGUGGAAAAACCUGUAGGAACAGAGGAGAGCAAAGGCAUUUAAACUGCUAUUUAGCCUCCGUCUAGUAAUGAUAUAAGUGGAGAAGGAGAGGCAGAUGACCAGGAGUCUCUAGAGGAAAUUACACAUCUACAUGUUAACACAUCUUAGCAACAGUGAUAUACUUAGUUUAAAUGCAAAUGGAUGGUUAUUAUGACAGUCUUUUGUAGAGUUAGGAAUAGGCAAGAGAGUAUUUUUAUACCUCAUCAGGAGGUACGUUGAGGGGGUCAAAGACCAAACACCGUUUAAGGUACAGUUUCACACAAAUCCUGCACCAGUUCAAUCGGUAACAUUCAGCAAAAUCUAUCAAGCGUCACAAUCAUUACUUGCGUUGCCACAUCUUACAAAAAACAAUAGGAUUAACAAAUAUACAUGUUAUUGGCUAGAAAGGUAAAAUAUGACAAAUAAAUAGAAGCAAAUAUACAUUACCCCCAUCCUCAAAAUUAGCCCUAAAAACCAAAAGCCAGCAGAGCGUCCCUUGAGACUAAAAUCGAGUAGUUAUGCAAGUCCACCGCCUCUGGAUCCGUGUCUCCUCUGCUGCUUUCCCACCGUUUAAAUAAAGAACAGAAAUACUUUGAGCGAGUGAACCAUCCACUCCUCUUUGUAAGACAGACUGUAUCUGAGCAUCAGCUCUGUAAAUUCAUAGGCAGCAACACUUGUGGGUAAAAGAAGCAAUAAGGGAUGAGCAGCUCAGUGGAAAAACAGGAUCCAUGUCUGCAAAAGCUCGUCUCAUCUUGCAAAACCACUUCACAUCAGCCAUUUUGAGAGGAUGCUGCAGCUCGCUGCAAUCUGUGUCUGCAGCAGGGUCUAAGGCCUUGGGGAAGAAAAGUAGGUGCCAGAUACAGUCUUUUAUCCUCCAGUUUUGCCCCAGCAAAUAAUGAGAACUAGAUGAUGUUUCGGUCAUUACAGGGGGGAUGUGUGCAGAGGCUCGUUUGCCUGUGUAUUGUAACAUGAAUCAUAGGGUAGGCAUGGUGAGACAAACACACAGGAGGUCUGGCAGAAAAUAUGCAGCAACUGAUCGAAACACUGAAGACUGUGUUUGAUCGAGGUUAUUACACUUAAAAAACAGAAAAAGAAAACCUCACGAUAUUAAACCCCUACAACUGAUUUCAUCUUAAGGCGGCAACCCAUGAACGCUGCCUUACUUAAAAUUAUGUAUCUUAUUAAUUAAAACAAUGUUAGUUCUGUAAUUGCAUCAGUCAAGACAUUAUCCAACAUUUAUCAUAUUAUGGUGUGGGACUAUGCAGGGCAGCAAGAAUGAACUCAUGACAUAUCAAAAGAGAUGGAUGGGGGGCUCAGAGGCCUGUCAGAGGUCAGAAUUGGGGGGCAAAAAGGAAGCAGCUUUGCCAGUCCAGGAGGUUGAGAGGUCACACGUUGUUGGGGCUAACGUUCUUCAGGUUGUUCAGCUCCA